AUGGGAUGGCUAUCAUUUCUUAAAUCUAAGGAUUUUGAUCCUUCAACUUUUGAAAAAGAAUUAUCAGCAUUAUCUUCUAAAAUAAAUAAAAAUGAAAGAAGUAUAGGAGUUUUCAAAUAUCAUCAACGUCAAUCAAAAAGUUUUGUAUUGAUAUAUGGUGUCUUUGGAUAUUUUUUCACUUUGGUUUAUCUACUCAUAAAGAAUGGAUUAGAAUUCCAUAGAUAUGAUCAUUUAGAAAUUGGAUUAAUUGUGGCAACUCCGAUUUUAAUUACAUUAAUUAUCAAAAUAAUAACUUUAUAUUUCAAUACAAGAAUAAAUAGAAUUGAAAAUCAUAUUGAACAUUUGAAACAAACACAUGAAUCCAAAAUUGAAGAAUUGAAAACCAAGACAAAUUUCCAAUCAACUCAUGCUUUAUUAACAAGAUUUGCAGAUGGUGGUGAUCUUAAUGCACAAAUUGAUGAAGAAUUAUUAGCCAAACAAAAACAAUUAGAAGAAUUUAAUAAACUUUCAUUAGAAGGUAAUAAUGAAUCACAAAGAUUUAAUGCAUACCAAGGGGAAGGUAAUGAACGUCAUUGGUAUGAUACAAUAAUUGAUACUGUUGUUGGUGCAGAUGAAUUAAGUCCAAAUAAUAGAUAUGCUUUAAUAUGUCCAAAUUGUUCUUCUCAUAAUGGUUUGGCUCCACCAGGUCAAUUACCUGAAUUUGUUAGAUAUAUUUGUCCUCGUUGUGGAUUAUUGAAUGGUAAGGAACAACCAUUAGAAACCCCAUUGGAAAAAUCUGAUAUCGAAUCUAAAGGUCAAAAUCAAGAUCCAAAAGAAAAGAAAGAUCCUGUUUCUGUUCCAAUUGAAACAAUUGAAACUAAACAAGCUAGUACAACAGGAAGUUCAAGAAGAAAAGAAUAA